CUUGAGAAUGAUCUGAACUUUAAUAGAAAAGUGAGAAAUUCCUUAUCAUCUGAAGUCUGCCUUACCCAGAGGUCACUAAGACGUGUUACCAAAGCAGUGCAACAUUUGCUAUGUAGCUUUCUCUUCCUGUCUUUAGAUUGGACUGGUUUAGACGAAGAUGAAGAUGCACAUGUCUGGGAAGACAACUGGGAUGAUGACAACGUAGAAGAUGAUUUCUCCAAUCAGUUAAGAGCUGAAUUAGAAAAACACGGAUACAAGAUGGAAACUUCAUAGCUUUUGCUGUUAUGGAGUGGUGUAACAUUGAACUUUGGAUAGACUAUACUGAGAAAAGGCGGAAAAUGAGAAGACACUUCGUUCAUUAUCUGUUUGAAUUUAUUAUUGUUUUGUAUGGAAAAUAAAGUUUUUAAUCUUAGCCUGA